AUGUAUAUGCGUUGUCUCUUAUUUUUAGUUUUAUUAGUAACAUGUGUGGUUUGAUCUGAUAUAGAGGACCUGAUUAUUUGCCUGCGGUUAAUACGGCCCAAAAAAUGGGCUGUAAAAUGUGGAAUUCUCCGUUGGGUUAAACAGUGUUUCACUAGGCCGAUCAAAUAGAUCAUGGCCUUUCUUAUAACCCCUUGGAUCCCUCUGCUGUGGCUUAUUGCCUCAAGUACUGGUAGAUAUUCUGCAGGUCUAUUUUUAUUCCCAUCUUUGGGUCAAACUAUUGAUCUUCUGGGUGCCUUGGGUUUGUACAAUAAUUCUUGGGUUGGAGUGACACUAACUGAAGGUGCAUCUCCGCGGAUUAGACCGGCCUAUUUAUUGCAAGGGGACUACAGGGACUUAAAAUUACCAUCUGAAACAUUUCAAGAGGUCUCAGAUCUUCUAAGAAUGAAUCCUGAGUUUACCAUUUCGGCGCGGCUAAGACAAGAACCGGGUAAUAUCGGAACAAUAAUUUCCUUUGCACAUGGAUCGAAUAGAUACUUGGAACUGCAAUCUAGUGGUAGAAAAAACGAAAUUAGAUUUCAUUACACUUCAAGAUUAGAUUCAAAAGUUUAUAUAGAAACCUUCCAUUACAAAUUGGCAGAUAAUAAAUGGCACGAAGUGGCAGUUUCAGUUAGUGGUUCCCAAGUAGAAUUGCUGGUUGAUUGUGAAUCUCUUUUCAAAAGACUCCUGAAGCCUGGUGUGCCGAACAGAAACUUUUCACAACCUGUACAACUCUGGCUUGGGCAACGGAAUAUCCAUUACUACUAUAAGGGUGCAAUGCAAGAGGUUCAAUUAAUAGGAGGACCUCAUGGAUACCUCUCUUCAUGUCCGCACCUGGAUUCAACAUGUCCCACAUGUGGUCAGUUCUUUUUGUUGCAGACUGCCGUCCAAGAGUUAACGAGACAUAUUCAGGAACUUUCUAAAAGGUUAGAGGCAACGGAAAGGCGAAUCAGUAAAAUCGAAGAAUGUGAUUGUCAGAAAUCAUGCCGUGUCAACGGAACGAUAAAUGCAGAUGGUGCAACAUGGCAAAAUGGUUGUCAAUUGUGUGCAUGCAUGCAUGGGGAAGUUGAAUGUCGUCCUGUGGAAUGUCCCGAUGUACCAUGCAAACAUCCUGUUACUAAAAGUGGUGAAUGUUGCCAAAGCUGCCUAAGACAUUGUUUAUUUUAUGGUCAGUUUUAUGACCAUGGUGAGUUAGUGACGAUAAAGAAGUGUGUGGAGUGUCAGUGUCACGAUGGCAGUAUGAAGUGUAGUAGAACUAAUCCAGAAACAAAUUGUCCUAAAUUAGCAUGUCCACUAGAUCAGCAGUUCAGUGUUCCUGAUCAUUGCUGCAAAUUUUGCCCAGAUAUCGAUGAAUGCCAGGAAGAGGGUGGUUUGGAAGGACAUCAUUGUCAUCAAAAUACAAUAUGUGUAAACACUUUUGGUUCCUAUAUUUGUGAAUGUUUACCAGGUUAUAGAAGAAUAGACAAAUACAACUGUGCUGAAUUAGAUGAAUGUAGUUCAGGAGAGCAUAACUGUGAUAUUAAUGCGGAAUGCAUAAAUACCCAAGGUAGUUACCAUUGUGGAUGUAAAGAAGGGUACAGCGGAAAUGGACACUCUUGUCAUCCUAUAUGUAAACAAAAUUGUUUGAAUGGAGGUAUAUGCAGAAGUCCUGGAAAAUGCGCCUGUCCUAAUGGUUAUACAGGACCAAGUUGUGAAAGAGACUUAGACGAAUGUUCUACGAAUUCUCAUAGGUGUGCAAAUGCCUCUAUAUGUGUAAAUAUGAUAGGUUGGUACUAUUGCCAAUGCAAACAAGGGUAUGAAAAUCCUUAUAUAGACAAUAAAUUAGGAACUAAAUGCAUAGAUGUUAAUGAAUGUGACAGUGAUCUUCACACGUGUCAUCCCUCAGCUCAGUGUAUAAAUAUUGAUGGGAGCUUUAAAUGUGAAUGCCCAAAGGCCAAAUCAAACUGUAAGUUAAGCUGCGUAUUUGAAGAAAAAGAAAUACCACACGGACUUUCAACUUCUCCUAAAAAAGAUCCUUGUCAAAUAUGUACCUGUAAUAAAGGAGUGAUGACAUGCGAAAGUCCUAGGUGCAACUGUAGUGUACCGAACAGCGAUCAAAAUCCAUGUUGUCCACAGUGUAAUAAAAAACAUGCUUGUCAGCAUCAGGAACUCUCUGGUGUUAUUCUACACCACGGAGAGCAAUGGUCUUAUCAGUGUCAGACGUGUGAAUGCCUCUAUGGAGAAGUGGAUUGUUGGGAAAUGAAGUGUCCACCUUUAUUAUGCGAGAACCCAGUUAGAAAUUCUGUGGACUGUUGCCCACACUGCAACGAUCCUUGCUCGAUUGGGAAUUCUUCAGCCUUAGGACAAACUUGUACAUUUGCAGGUCAAAUAUAUUCAUCCAGCUCUCAAUUUGUCGACCCGAAUGAUGCCUGUACGGCUUGUAACUGUAAGGUGCCGUACUGCGCAGAAUUGGACGGAGUGCUUUGCUGUAGUUAUAGUUACCAUUGCGGUAACGAUACAGAUCCAGUUGGAUUCGAUGGAAUGGUGGCCUCUACUGCAUCUGGAGAUGGAUAUAUUAGUGGCUUUUCCGGUAAUAAUACAAAAACGACCUUUGAUGUUACUGAACAAUAUAAUAGUGCUCUGCAAAUGGGUAGUUACAGUAAUGAGUUCGUCUAUAUCAGUGACUCGUCUAGGGAUAACAAGACUGAAAAAUCAUCAACGAAAGGACCAUCAAGAGGAUGAUAUUUUACAGUUUCGGACUAAGCUUACAUUCCUCGGCACUUGUGAUUCCUUGGUGCAAUAGUAUUUGUGUUAUUUGGCUAAUUCUGUCUUCCUAGUUACGUAGCAGGGAUUUAAUAUACUGCAAUAGCAUCAGCAAAUUACAGUAUAGAAAUAGCCUCUCAAAAAAUUCUUCAUUAGAAUUGGUUGAACAUAAAGGAAAUAAUUCAAUUUUUAAUAAGAACUCUACAAAACAAGAAGAGAAGCAAAUAAGAAGUACAUACUUAAUUUUCUAAACCCUGGACAACUGUUCAAUAUUAUUACAUAUAUUUCAGGUCAGUAGUAAGUGAAUAUAUGAUACUGAAUUCUUAUUCUGGACAUCAGCACCAUACAUGUCUUAUAUAUAGUAAGCUAAGGGAACUGUGAAGAUGUAGGAAGACACAAAGAACCAAAAUCAAAUUUAACACAAAUUAAGAAGAAAUUGUAAAUUAAAGAAUUUGACAGGAUGUAU